GAUGCAGGGCGUUUCCCUCUGAGGCUGACACUUUACUCCUCACCUACAUCUAGCUUGGCACAGAAGGACAUACAUAUCCUGAAAAGUGUGGGUGAAAGCACCUUGCGACCUGAAGGCAGAUGGCGCUUCUUCAGGCUAAUAAAGAUCUCAUUUCCACAGGAAUGAAGGAAUUUAAUGUUUUGCUGAAUCAGCAGGUCUUCACUGACCCUCCAAUCACUGAAGAAGCCAUGGUGACUGUACUGGACGACUGGGUGAACUUCUAUGUCAACUAUUACAGGCAACAUGUGGUGGGAGAAGAGCAGGAGCGGGACAGGGCUGUGCAGGAGCUGCGGCAACAGCUGAGAACGUUGUGCGCCCCUUUCCUGGACAAGUAUAAGGCCUUCCUGAAGUCUCUGUAAGCGCCAAGCUUUUCUCCUGGCCCAGAGAGCUAGGCCUGCGUCUGCGAGAAACCCUGAAAUCCUGCCUCUGAACCCUUCAAGUCCUCAGGCUCUGCGCCUUCUUGGUGUUAUCCACCUCGACACCCCAAUAAAGGCCCACACUGGUA